AAUUUUCAUUGUCAUAUGCCCUGAAGUCAUUGCAAUUUGCAGGACUAUCAAGAUGUAGUAAAAGCUGUAGAUUGAGAUGGAAAAAUUAUCUAAGUCCAGACCUGAAAAUGGGACUUCUAUCAGAAGAUGAAGAGGAGAUUGUUAUUGAUCUCCAUGCUAAGCUUGGAAACAGAUGGUCCAAGAUUGCUUCUCAUCUACCUGGAAGAACUGAUAAUUGUAUAAAGAAUCACUGGAACACUCGCAUUAAGAAAAAGCUGAUGAAUACAGGGAUUGAUCCUUUGACCCACAACCCACUGCCGCCUCCGACCCCCGAUCAACAGCUGGAAAAUCAAGAACCACCGUCCCAGGUAGUGGAUCAAAAUAGAGACCCUGAAACGUCAAUGCAAUCCACUAUUACUGAAGACAAAAGCAUGGGUGCAAGCCCAUUUAAGGAUUUGCAGUUUCCCCUAGAUUUUAUAGAUUACACUGAUAUCUUAAGUGUUCUGUAUGAUGACUUCAGUAGUUAGGAAUGGUUUGAUAUUACUAGAUUAUAGGUCGACAUGACUGGACUAGAUUAGAUUAGACAAGAUAGAGUCCAAAAAGUCGAGGAGAUGACCACCAAACUGAGUAUUAGACUAGUACCAAACAGAGGCCAACACAACCACGUUCGAAAAUUCCACGGGCGUACCAGCUGUGUUAGGCAUAUUUGCUAUGUAUACAAGUUAUGAUCAAUUUGAUUUUACUCAGUAAGUUCUAGUAAGAA